UCAAAGAUUUCCUGCGCAGUGCCCAUAACCGGCUGCGCGAUCUGUUGCCAAGCGCUCAGCAGUCUACUCUGACCGUCAGCGAAGUAGCACAGAAUGAGUCCUUCCAAGCCGAUUCUUUACUCCUACUUUCGGAGUUCCUGUUCUUGGCGUGUUAGGAUAGCUCUUGCCCAUAAAGGAGUGGAUUAUGAAUAUCGUGCAAUAAAUUUGCUGAAACAAGAGCAGGUGAGCGAUGAGUACAAAAAGCUCAACCCCAUAGGACAAGUGCCAGCUCUUAUCGUCGACGAAAACACAUUGACGCAAUCGAUAAGUAUUUUGGAAUACCUUGAGGAGGCUUUCCCCCAGAAACCGCUGCUUCCGAAGGAUUUGUUUAAGAGAGCAAAGGUUCGGGAAGUAUGUGAAAUCAUCGGAUCUGGCAUCCAGCCCUUGCAAAAUUUGUCGGUGCUGCAGAAAAUCGGAGAAACGAAAAUGGAGUGGGGACAUUUCUACAUCCAAAAGGGGUUUGUCGCCUUGGAGCAGGUGUUGGCUAAUUCUGCUGGAAAGUACUGUGUUGGGGAUGAAGUCACUAUAGCAGACUGUUGUCUUGUACCUCAGGUGUAUAAUGCUAACAGAUUCAAAGUCGACAUGGCUGCUUUCCCAGUCAUCUCACGUGUCCAUGAUGCCUUAAUGUCACUGGAUGCCUUCAAAGCCGCCCACCCAUCUCAGCAACCAGACUGCCCGGAAGACCUCAAAUAGAUGUUCAUAUCUUUUGCCACAGUGGAAAGCAUUGCUACAGGAAAUGGUUCAUUUUGCAAUAUUCAUGGUUGUUAUAUGUAUUUAAGGCAUCUGCGAAUGAUGUGGAAUAUGUUGUUGAUUGUAUUGUAAAAGGUUCUUUGGGGAUAUUGGUGACUAUGUUGCUAAUGAUCAUGACUCGAUAAUCAUGAAUAAAUAUAAAACGUUUGCUGUUCAUAGCAUUUUAGAAUGUGUUUAUACCUUUUUUUUCUCUCAUUUUCUUAUCUUUUUCUUAUUUGGUUCUAAGAGUUAACUGUGAGGAAGCUUCUAAAUUUUUGUACAGUGCCACAGUUCAUAUUGUAUAAUGAGAGAGUAUGUAUAUAUUAUGGUUUGUGUAAAUUUACUUACUAAAUUAAAGAAAUUCACAA